CUAGGAAGCUAGAGGCAAACAUUCCAGACCACACUCCAUAUACCACUUCUCACCAUAAAAGCCCUGCUGGCCUGGCGCCGGUAUAAAAUUGUGUGUUUAGAAGCCUCGAUCUCAUUAUCUCGUCAACAUACUAACUCAACUGAUGACAAUGUUGAAACAACGAUUUAUCGGCAGUAUUUCAUUUCUCUUGCUCCUGGCUGUUGACAUCAGUUUUGGGGGACAGGACAUUACCUGUGAUGCUGCCCCAAGGGACCUUACUGUGCAGUUCCGAGGCGCCAGCUGCGCAUCACAUAGACAUGGAUCGUGUGUGGGUGACCGGUCGUUCGGGCAUGGACAGCCUCUCCCUAUCGGACUUUUUGACCGCUCACAGUCCGGGGGCCAAGCGCCUGUCGUUGUAUAUGAAAAUGCUGACCCGGAUUCAUUCUACUCAGUUCUAAUGAUAGACCCCGAUGCCCCUAGCCCAAGCAACCCUACCGCAGCCCCAUGGCUUCACUGGUUGGUAGUCAACAUUAACGGAGAGACACUUCGCUCAGCUGACCAUGGUGUUGGAGAUAAAACCGUGACAGAGUACGCUCCUCCUACUCCACCAUCCGGUAUCCACAGAUAUAUACUCCUCCUCUUCCGUCAGUUUGGUUCCUUAAGAAACGUGCCGGUGCCCUCUAGUCGUGCCAAGUUCGACGUAGGUGCGUUCAAGACGUAUUAUGAUCUGGAAUGUGUUGCGACGACUUCUUUCAGAACGGGCAAAGAGAUCAAGGAAUAGAAUAAAGCUGUGUUGCAUGGUAUGAUAAUGUUGUAAUCAGUGUGUAGGUUUAAAGCCGCCUCAGCUACAUAUUAUCUCAAAUGUAUGUUCAAUGUCUUCCGAAAUACGACGUUUAGUUAGGCUCUGAGAAGGAUACCAGCAUUCUGUUUACAAUAAGAAGUUGCACACGAGAAGCCAUUUUGCUCACCGAUCACUGCGAGGGACAAAGAUUCCUUCAAAAUAUAUAAAUUCCUUCCGAAAACAUUUAUAUUAUUUGGUUUACCUCAACAUUGGCGUGCAAUGUCGUUAUCCAUCUCUUAAUGGCGUUUAAUAUAGGUGGUAUUUCUCAUAUGACAAAAUACUUCUGCGGACGGUAAAAACAGGCCGAAAAAAUUAUAUACCACUCUAAACUCUUAAGAUAUUAAUAAAAAAUCAUUUCGAAAGAUAAUCAUGUACAUUCCAUAUCUUUAUCUCUAUCCGUGAUAAUUAUUUUGGUUUAGAAUUAUAAAAAUACCUUUCAAAGUUGUUUGACUUUCCCUCCCCUCCUUAAAUAAGCAAAACUGGAACAGCAGUUUAUAUUUAUUGCUUGCUUCUUCGUUUUAAUUCCAAAAUGCAUUGAAGCAAAUGUUCCAAAACGAUUUAGAUCUAUUUGGUACAACAUUAUGACCAACGUGCAUUGAUUUCAGUAUUGCAUUGGUACUGCUUUUUGAUGUGCGCCCUCAAGGUCGAAAAGUUAUCAUAAUGUCUCAUACUUGUGUUUCAUUGUAAAUAAGGUACUCCAUGAUGUAAAGAGCUCUUCCAUUUCUCCUAUAUAAGAUGUUUUAUUUGUUUGUUUGUUUUUAAUCAUGUCUGAUCUUUUCAUUACAAUAAAAACUCUUGAUGUAGUUAGGAAAACGAGAGAGCCGGUAAUAGGGCAAUG